CGCACACUGCUGGGCCGCGCGACUGAGCCGGGGCGGGGAGCGCGGGCGGCGAGGCCACCGCACCUGCAGCACCGUGCUCCGACUGCCGAGCCGGCACCUCGCUCAGGCCGCCCGGGCUCCUUCUUCCCUCUCGCCGGCCUGCCCAUGACGCCCGAGAUCCUCGCAGGGCGACCAUGACCACUUCCCUGCACGAUGGGCAGAGCGCCGCGGGCAGGGCGGCUGCCAGGGACCCGCCGCCAGCCGCCCAGGUGCGCGCCGCUGCCCUGGGGAGGGGCGACGCCCAAGACCCGCCGCCGGCCCCCGGGCUGCCCGCUCCGGACGCGCCCCGCGCCGGCGCUGCGCACAGGAGAAAAAAGAAAGAUCUUGAUGUUCUGGAAAUGCCAUCUAUUCCAAACCCUUUUCCUGAGCUAUGCUGUUCUCCAUUUACGUCAAUGUUGUCAGCAGGGCUGUUUCCCAAAGCAAAUUCAAGGAAAAAACAGGUGAUUAAAGUAUAUAGUGAAGAUGAAACCAGCAGGGCUUUAGAGGUACCCAGUGACAUAACUGCCCGAGAUGUUUGCCAGCUGCUGAUCCUGAAGAAUCAUUACAUCGAUGACCACAGCUGGACACUUUUUGAGCACCUGCCUAAUCUAGGUGUAGAAAGAACAAUAGAAGAUCACGAGCUGGUUAUUGAAGUGCUGUCUAAGUGGGGAAUGGAAGAAGAAAAUAAGCUAUACUUUAGAAAAAAUUAUGCCAAAUAUGAAUUCUUUAAAAACCCAAUGUAUUUUUUUCCAGAGCACAUGGUAUCUUUUGCAACUGAAACCAAUGGUGAAAUAUCCCCCACACAGAUUUUGCAGAUGUUUAUAAAUUCAAGUACAUAUCCUGAAAUCCAUGGCUUCUUACAUGCAAAAGAACAGGGAAAGAAGUCCUGGAAAAAAAUUUAUUUCCUUCUCAGAAGAUCUGGUUUAUAUUUUUCUACUAAGGGGACAUCGAAGGAACCACGGCAUUUGCAGUUUUUCAGCGAAUUUGGCAGUAGUGAUGUUUAUGUGUCCAUGGCAGGCAAAAAAAAACACGGAGCACCGACUAGCUAUGGAUUCUGCUUUAAGCCUAACAAAGCAGGAGGGCCCCGAGACCUGAAAAUGCUCUGUGCAGAAGAAGAGCAGAGUAGGACGUGCUGGGUGACUGCGAUUAGAUUGCUUAAGUAUGGCAUGCAGCUGUACCAGAAUUAUAUGCAUCCAUAUCAAGGUAGAAGUGGCUGCAGUUCUCAGAGUGUAUCACCCAUGAGAAGUAUAUCAGAGAAUUCCCUGGUAGCAAUGGACUUCUCAGGUCAGAAAAGCAGAGUUAUAGAGAAUCCCACUGAAGCCCUUUCAGUUGCUGUUGAAGAAGGACUCGCUUGGAGGAAAAAGGGAUGUUUACGCCUGGGCAUUCAUGGUAGCCCCACGGCCUCCUCACAGAGCUCUGCUGCAAACAUGGCUAUCCAUCGGUCUCAGCCAUGGUUUCACCACAGAAUUUCUAGAGAUGAGGCUCAGAGACUGAUUAUUCAGCAAGGACUUGUGGAUGGAGUUUUCUUGGUACGGGAUAGUCAGAGUAACCCCAAAACUUUCGUACUGUCAAUGAGUCAUGGACAAAAAAUAAAGCACUUUCAAAUUAUACCAGUUGAAGAGGAUGGUGAGAUGUUCCACACUCUGGAUGAUGGCCACACCAGAUUUACAGAUCUAAUCCAGCUGGUGGAGUUCUACCAACUCAACAAGGGUGUUCUUCCUUGCAAGUUGAAACAUUAUUGUUCUAGGAUUGCUCUUUAGCCAAUCCAAAAGUGACUUGUUAAACUAUUGAAGAAAAAGGACUCAAGGGGAAAAAAUUAAAGAGACCAUAAAUAAGGGUGAAAACUAUCUAAUGGUAAAAAGAAUGUAUUUCAUCCACAAGUUGCAAAAUGUAGUUUGUGCAUUACAAAUAAGCAAAGACUUGGAUUGGCAUUAUAUUCAUCAUUUAAAAUUUAUUAGUUAAAAUUAAACCUUAGAAAAAAAUGACUUGUGUGUUCUUGUGUGAUUUUACAUUACUAUAUUUUCUUCAAAUAUGCAUACUAUAUCUGUCCUACAGCAUUAUAAUUCUCAAAAGCAAUCAAUGAAAAAGAAAUUGGAGGUUCAAAAUGAUUUUUUCAAAAUGAAUUUUAUUUAUUAAUUAUUAUUAUUUUGUUUUGAGACAGGGUCUCUCAAAAUGGUUCAGGCUGGCCUUGAACUCGCCACAAUUCUCCUGCCUCAGCCUCCACACUCAGUUCAAAAUAAAUUUUAAUUUCACUGCUUUUUUUAAUAUUAAGAAGUGUGAUAGCUUGAAAAAUAAAUGACACUACUCACAACUUGUCAACACAACUAAAACUUUUGAAUUCUGUUUAUAGUAUAACCAUAAAAUCAAAUCAUAUUUUGAGGUUGCAGCUAAAAUUAUUUUGAGAUAAACUGUUUUUUUUCUGGAUAACUUUCAUUGUGGUAUUGGAUUACUAAUUUUACUAUAAAAUCUAUACUAGUACUGUAAUAAUUAGUGGUGUAUUUUUCAUUGGAUUUAAAUAAUUUUAUUUAAUGAUUGUCUGGGAAUAUCUGUUUUUAAGAAAAUGAUCAAAACAUAGAAAAGAUUUAAAUAACUUGCACACAUUUCACUACAUAUAAUUUAGAUCCUUAUGCUAAUAGAUCAUUAGCCUAAUCAAAAGAGGUGACAUCAAAUAUUAGAAAUCUAUAAGUAUCCUACUAGUUAAUUCCUCUUUUUUCUCUAUAUCCCCUUUUUAGUUUCUUAUAGCCAUGUCAGUAUGGAAGCCAAAGAUUUUGAUGACUUGAGACACUCUUAUCUUUUCUGUCACACCAUCUGGGAAGUUUUUGUUGUUGUUGUUUUGUGUUUUUUAUUCUAUGACUCUAUUGUUCCCACUUUUGAAGACCAUUGUUCUAAAAAAAAAAAGAGAAACAAAACAUCAAUUAAACAUCCUCAUUAUAUAAAAUAUUGCCCAUCUCCUGUAACUGACCUGUAUAACAGCACUGUAGGAAAGUCAGAAUUUUAUUAACAAAAUUUCAGAUAUGCAUACUUAAGUUUUCGAUAAAAACUAUAUAUUUUUGGUAACAAAGUGUAGAAAAUACUCGUGGAAUGCUAAUAAAAUUAUCACUUAUUUUGUUAAAUUUUAAAAUAUUCAAAUUACUUUUAAACCAUAAACAUAUUUUCUAAAGUACUGAAAGUCAAAAUAUUAAUCUGAUGUUAUAAAAUCCUGAUUUGAUUGCCACAAAAGCUUGGAAGACACAGAAGUUCUAAAUGGAACAGUGGGAAGUAGACAAAGUAGACAUACUUUCCCCUUUCAACCUUUAAGACUGGAACUAUUUCAGAAUUAUUUCCAAUUUAUAAAAACACUUUUUGUUUUGAAUUGGAAUGCAUUUACUCAUUUUGUACCCAGUUCAACUAGGUAAUAUCGUAAAAUGUAAUAUUAUAAAUACUAAACUCUGAUAAAUUGACCAAU